AUGGUAACCAAAACUGAACCAGAGAGCUCCGAUUUCGAUCGAGAAACUGCACUGAAGGGCUUCGACGAGACAAAAGCCGGCGUAAAGGGUCUAGUAGACGCUGGAAUCGCAAGAAUCCCGUCGAUCUUCCUCCACUCACAGCCCAACACAGCUUCCAUCCAAUCAACUCCAGGGCACACCGAGUCGGAGCUACCAGUAAUCCCUACCGUUGACUUGCAAGGCGUCGACGGUGUGAAAGUUUUAACCUAG